AUGGACAAGGAGAUCAUGGAAACUUUUAGGAAAGUUGAAGUCAAUAUUCCACUCCUAGAAGCUAUCAAACAGAUUCCAAAGUAUGCCAAGUUUCUCAAGGACUUGUGCACUCAUAGAAGACGGCUAAAGGGAAAUGAAAAAGUGAGCAUGGGCAGAAAUGUUUCUGCCAUCAUUCAGUCAAGCAUUCCUCCAAAAUGCAAGGAUCCUGGGACUUUCACCAUUCCAUGCAUCAUAGGAAGCGAGCAAUUCAGUCAAGCCAUGUUGGACCUUGGACCUUCAAUCAAUGUGAUGCCCAAAUCAGUCUACCAAUCUUUGCACAUUGGAAAGCUCAGGCCAACGGGAGUGGUGAUCCAACUUGCCAACCGAAGCACAACACACCCUGAGGGAGUUUUAGAAGACGUGUUGGUAAGAGUAAAUGAUCUUAUUUUUCCUACUGAUUUUUAUGUGUUAAACAUGGAGAAUGAUGUUAAUCAACCAACAUUGAUCUUAGGUAGGCCAUUUUUGAAAACUGCUAAAACUAAGAUUGAUGUACACUCUGGUACUUUAUCCAUGGAAUUUAGAGAUAACAAGGUGCAUUUUAAAUUGCAUGAUGCCAUAAGAUAUCCACCAGAAGAGCAUUCUGUGUUUCAUUUAGACAUCAUUGAUACAUUGGCAUUAGAGAUGACUUUCAAUGUUCAGAUUGUGAUGGAAUUCAUGAUUUAUGUGCUGUUUGUGACGAAUUUAACACAUGGCAUAUAUGGUUCAGAGUCUGCACAGAAUUUACAUGUUGAUCUUGGAAGUUUAAGUUAUGAUGUUAUUAGAACAGAUUCUGAUUCUAGUUUUGCAAUAGUGGAAAAUACUGAUUGUACAGAGAUUAGAAAAACAGAGCAAAUUCCAAGAUUAGCACCCUCUAUACAAGAGCCACCCACCUUGGAGCUGAAACCUUUACCAGAAAAUUUGAAGUAUGUAUUCUUGGCACCAAAUGAGAAGCUACCAGUCAUUAUAGCCCAGGAUUUGCAACCAGAACAAGAAGAGCAGUUGCUAAACAUUCUGAGGCAGAACAUAAAUGCUUUAGGCUGGACAUUGGCUAACAUACCUAGGAUUAGCCCCUCCACAUGCAUGCACAGAAUUCAGUUAGAGGAGGGAGUAAAACUAGUGAGGCAGCCUCAGAGGAGAUUGAGCCCUCUGAUUCUGGUUGUGGUCAAGAAGAAAUUCACAUUGCACCUGAGGAUCAAGAGAAGACAACCUUCACCUGUCCAUUCGGUACAUUUGCAUACCGAAGGAUGCCUUUCGGUCUAUGCAAUGCCCCAGGUACAUUUCAGAGAUGCAUGCCUUGCUAGGGUAUUGAAGAGAUGUGUUGAGUCUCACCUUGUUUUGAAUUAUGAAAAGUGUCAUUUUAUGGUUAGGCAAGGUGUAGUCUUAGGAGAUGUUAUUUCUGGUGAGGGUAUAGUUGUUGAUAGUUCCAAGAUUGAUGUUAUUGCUUCUUUACCUUACCCUACAUGUGUACGGGAAGUGCGUUCUUUUCUUGGUCAUGCAGGUUUCUACAGGCGAUUUAUCCAGGAUUUCAGUAAAAUCACCCUUCCACUUUCUAAGCUUCUGCAGAAGGAUAUAGAUUUCCAGUUUGAUGAUGAGUGCAGAAGAGCUUUUGAUCAAUUGAAGCGGCACCUAAUUUCUGCUCCUGCUAACUACACCACUACAGAAAAAGAGCUUCUGGCUAUCAUUUUUGCUUUAGAUAAAUUUCGUGCUUAUUUGUUAGGAACUAAAGUGACUGUUUUCUCUGAUCAUGCAGCAUUGAAGUUCCUAUUGAAGAAGCCAGAUGCUAAGCCCAGACUCAUCAGAUGGAUGUUGUUGUUGCAGGAGUUUGACAUAGAGAUCAAGGAUAAGAGUGGAGUUGAGAACCUGACUUUGGAGCCUUUACCUAUCCGUGAGAACUUUCCAGAUAAGCAGCUUUUAGAGCUGCGAGGUAAGGACCCGUGGUAUGCUGACUUGGUUAACUAUCUAGUUGCCUCUGAAUUGCCUGCUUAUUUUAAAAAGCAUCAGAUAGAGAAACUUAGGAGUGAGGCUAAAUAUUAUGUCUGGGAUGAUCCUUAUUUGUGA